GUGUGAGAGGGAGAGAGGCUAUGGGCGGUGAGAUGUUUGUCAGCUGACUUGGCCGAACCUCUCACAGAAGUCACAACACCGUAUCGGUUUUCCCUGACAGGUACAUGUAGCAGCUUCUCCACCGAGGCUCUGGCGUGGGAGACUGCGGCGGGUUAUGUUUCCCUGAGACGGGGCGUGGGGAGGCGGAGGUCCGUGCACCACACUGCUCCACCAUGGCGGCCGAAAUUCAGCCUCGUCCGCAGGCUAGGAAGCCGUGCCUGCUGAGUAAAAUCGAGGCUUUCCAGGAGGUUGUGACCGCGGCGGCGAUCAUCCCUAAAGAAGACGGGGUGAUCAGCGUUUCUGAGGACCGAACAAUCCGAGUUUGGCUGAAGAGGGACAGCGGCCAGUACUGGCCAAGUGUUUACCACACCAUGCCAUCCUCAUGUUCCUGUAUGUCCUUUAACCCAGAAACCAGGAGGAUAUCUGUAGGUAUGGAUACAGGAAGUAUCUGUGAGUUUAUUCUGUCAGAGGACUACAACAAAAUGACCCCGGCGCUCACAUACCAGGCCCAUCAGGGCAGAGUGGCGGUGGUGCUCUUUGUGUUGGAGAUGGAGUGGCUGCUAAGCACCGGCCAGGACAGAAACUUCACCUGGCACUGCUCGGAGAGCGGCCAGCAGCUGGGGACGUAUCGCACCGCGGCCUGGGUCUCGGGUCUGCAGUUCGAUGUAGAGACCAGGCACGCCUUUGUAGGGGACCAGUCUGGUCAGGUGACCAUCCUGAAGCUGGAGCAGGACAGCUGCAGCCUGGUUACCACCUUCAAAGGACACACAGGUAAUGUGACGGCUCUGUGUUGGGACCCGGCUCAGCGGGUGCUGUUUUCCGGCAGCUCUGACCACUCGAUCAUCAUGUGGGACAUCGGAGGGAGGAAAGGCACUGCCAUCGAACUGCAGGGACACAAUGACAAAGUCCAGGGCCUGUGCUAUGCCUCACACACCCGCCAGCUCAUCUCCUGCAGCUCAGAUGGCAGCAUCGUCAUCUGGAACAUGGACGUGACUCGGCAAGAGACUCCAGAGUGGCUGGACAGCGACUCCUGUCAGAAGUGUGAGCAGCCUUUCUUCUGGAACUUCAAACAGAUGUGGGACAGUAAGAAGAUCGGCCUGCGACAGCAUCACUGCAGGAAGUGUGGCCAGGCCGUGUGCGGCAAAUGUUCGUCCAAGCGCUCCACCAUCCCCCUCAUGGGCUUCGAGUUUGAGGUGCGGGUGUGUGACAGCUGCCACGAGUCCAUCACCGACGAAGAUCGAGCUCCCACUGCCACCUUCCACGACAGCAAGCACAACAUUGUUUACAUGCACUACGAGCCCACCACGGGAAACCUGCUCACCUCCGGCACGGAUAAGGUCGUCAAGAUAUGGGACAUGACUCCUGUGGUGUCGUGAGUUUCCGUGGACACGGGGGCAGAAUUUCGGCUAACUGUGACCAGUCGCACUUCGAUGAGAAAGAGAGAACAGCAUCCGUGUCACCUGGAUAAUAUUUAACCGCCAUUUAGCAAGAAAGCCUGGGUUGUUGCGUUCUCUCACAGCGACGACACGGCCGGCCCGAGAGAAGCCUGAGGACGGUGCAACGUCUUGCUCAACACGAGGUCACAGACUGGUUGGUCCUUGCUUGAUAUCUGGAGUAAUCAUGCUUGUACUCUGGGAUACUUUCUGGCAUUUAACCUUGUAAGAAAUUUAAAAUCUUAUGUACUUUUCAUAAAUUUCAUUCCAUUUGAAGAUUGGAGGAGCUAAAAGUCAUCAGACUUGUUUGUUGGAUACUAAAUCAUCGACGUAAUCGCAUUUUUCACAUCAAUACGAUUUUUAAAAACAUGAUCUAAACAAAAAAUACCAUCAGAAGGAAUUCAGGCCUGGAUUAUUAUGACACCUUCUAGAGGCUAAAUUUGUUUUGUUCCUGUUACACUUUUUUUUUUUUUUUGACUAGUAAAGGUUUUCUCCCUAUUACAUAUUGUAUUCAUGAAGGUCAUAAACAGCCACCUGGAAAUUCAUAAUUAUAGUCUGGUCUAAAAGAUUUUUCAACCUGCUUUUUUAUUUAAUUACUUUUCCCGUUAAAGGUAAUUGAUGAACAUUUCAUGUAACAUCUUUACGUAAUGUUAUAUUUCAGACAGUUAAGUUCCAACAACAUGUCUGAAACAUUAACCAAAGCAUAACUCAAAGUAGCGGUAAUAAACUACAGCAGCAUGUUUUUUUUUAACCCUACCAAACUGGAUGACGAAUGUUUUGGUCUCUUCUGAACAGUAAUUGACUUUAAGUCCAUAAAUAUCAGCCGAUGCAGGUUUGGAAGUGAUAAAGGAAGUAGCAUUAGGCCAGCUUGUCACUUUAAUUCAGCUUCUUUGAGUUCAUUUUGUGAAAUAAUCUGGUGAAAAUGGUUGCUGCGUGAACAUUUUCUUCCAGUUAACCUAGUUCAGUGACUCUUAACUACUGAACAGUUCAUUCAGUCGGGUCAUAGUCUAUGUUUAUGUUUAUGUUUACUUGGUGGCGGUUCUUUUGAAUCCUGUGCGCUCUUUAAAUAAUCUGUUUGGUACUGAGUAAUUCAAUUUUAAUUAUUUUAGAGGUAGUGAAGAUUAAAUGCAGUCCAAAUUCCUUUAAAAAAAAACCCUUUAAUUUUGGAAUAAUUCGUUGGAAUUAUUUUCUUACGUUUCAUAACACACGGGGCGCCCAUUGACAGGACACAACCUUUUCUUUUUCUUAUUUUGGAACGUUUGUGCCGGUCCCCUGCUAUGCCACCAUGAGCAGAGAGCCGUCAGUCAACGUAGCGAUGAAUCUCCACUCCCUACAAAAUAAAUUGAAUUGCCUCAUAAAAUAAAAUUAUGCUUUGUAUCACAAGCCAGAUGACAUCACUGCUAGAUGGCCUGAUGCAUUGUGGGAACCCUUAUUUAUUUUCUCACAAGGCGCUUAAUCAAAGUUUAGCUCUGCUUGAGUAAUUCCGUAAAAAAAAAAAAUAUAAUGGAAUAAGUCCAGCCCAACUUCUUAAACCAAUGCAAGAAAUUUGAUCAGCUUUCCUCUGAUGUUAAAGUGCGGCUGCCAGAAUAAUGGUUUGUUUGUGUUGCACAAGGGCAGCAUUGUCCAUUUCAGAAACACACAGGGCGCUUCACGGAAUCAGUUUGGUUCUGGAUUUAAAACCAGUUAAAGUUCCAGUCGUUAGGCGAUGACGGCGGAUACCGAUGAGCCUCCUGAUGUGCGAUCGGUGACUCGGACCGCGCUGUGUAACAACAUCGUCUGUGUCCUGUUAAUUGCUUGUCAGCAUUUUCUCGAGGUUAUUUAUUCUAAAUGUCUGUGUCAUAUAUGAAACAUGUACAGAAGCACAUAUCAACACAGCUAGAUGCUGUGGCAUUUCAGAAAUGAACCACAGCGUAAAAAUGUUGCUACAAAACAAUUUAAAUUGUUGUUUUUUUUCAGCUGUGUAUGUCGGCUUUAUUGUUGAUGCACUGGAAUCACGAGGCAGAAAAUCAUCGAUUUCUCCUAAAUUUUUUGCGUGCUUUUGUGAUGACCGCUUGACACUCAGCUCUUAUCCCUCUGAGCUUCUUCCAAAGAUUAUUGAUUAUGGAUCUGAAAACAAGGUAUCUGUUAGCGAUAACAAUAUGGAGCAGUCGUCUUCUCGUGUUUUUAGUUUAUCUCCUCGACCACUUCCUGCGAACUAAUACAUACUUGCAAACUAAAUAAACAAAGUGUGAUUCUUAACGAUGCAAACUGACGUAAAAUAUACAGAGUCAACAGAAUGGAUCUUCUAUUUCGCAAACUUGACCACACACGAGAAACAGAGUUAGAUGAAAACUUCUUGAUUUUUGUUGCUUUUAAACUCCAGGGCAGAUAAAGUUUAUUUAAGGCCAGUUCUUUGACUUUUUGUUGCAGGAAAGAGGGGAAAAAAUGGUUGAAUUUCAGAGUUUUUGUGAAUGUAACACUGUGUAUAGACGAUCAAUUAAAACAAAAAGUAUUUACCCUCA